AUGGCUCCAUCAUCCCCGGCGCUGCUUCUUCCGCUGCUGCUCGCCGUGGCGGCGUUAACGUUGGCGCCGCGGCCGACCUCGGCCGUGGACCCGGUGGGCACGUACUGCGCCAACAACUUCACGGGCGCGCAGACGCAGGCGAGCAUCAGCGCGGUUCUGGCCGCGCUAGUCCCGCGCGCGUCGGCCACCUACUACGCGACGGCGACAGCCGGCAGCGGCGGCUCCACGAUCUGGGGCCUGGCGCAGUGCCGCGGCGACAUCCCGUCGUCCGACUGCGCGCGCUGCCUCGCCGCGGCGGCGCGGCAGGCUGCGUCCUCGUGCCGGGGCCAGGCGGACGCACGGCUCUGGUACGACUACUGCUUCCUCCGCUACGACGACGCCGACUUCCUGGGCCUGCCGGACACAGGGUACACGCUCAUCCUCAUCAACACCAUGAACGCCACAGACCCCGUCGCGUUCGACCGCGCCGAGGAGGCUGGCGACCCCGCGAGCGCCGGGCUUGCCAGGGAGACGGCGAGGUUUGGUGGGUCGGAGGAGGGGACCACCAUCUACGGGCUCGGGUGGUGCACCAGGGACAUCACCGCCGCCGACUGCGGCCUCUGCGUGGCGCAGGCGGUGGCGGAGCUCCCCAACUACUGCCGCUUCCGGAGGGGAUGCCGCGUGCUCUAUAGCAGCUGCAUGGCGCGCUAUGAGACCUACCCCUUCUUCUUCCGGGUCACCAGCGCCGACGCGGCUGACGCCUCCUCCUCCCACGCCGGCGAGUACGAGACUGUCAUCUUGAACCACAAAUAG